AUGGCACGCCCAUCAAAAAUCAAACAAAAGACGGGCAAGAAGCCGGCUGCCGGCCCGAACCCCUUUGGAAUGACGUACAGUCGGCAAAAACAUUCGGUGCUUGGCACAAAACGGAAUGUCCCCGGGAAACCUAUCCAGAAAAAGAAGGAAUCGCUGGCGAUGCGAGAAAAGACGCUGGCCGUCGAAGUGGCCAACCUCCACAAAGCCAACAAGAUUGUCGACAAGCGCAUUGGCGAGAAGAACACCAAAUUGACGGCCGAUGAACGCUCGUCACAGCGAUUUAUUGCCCAGCGAAAGGUGGCAACCUCCAGCAAGUUCAACUUGGCGUCAAACGCAGAUGAAUACACCUUGACGCAUGGCGGCCGUGCCCUGACCACCAUUGAGAAGUUUGACCGGAUGGAAGGGUCGGAUUCGGAGGAUGAUAACGGAGCCCUGAGUGCAGAGGUCGUGGCUCGCGCGAAUUUCGGUGGAGGUGAUGUGCCAAUCAAUGGAGCCGAAGCGCGAACCGGAAACUCUCGCGCCGACGUCUUGCGCGAAAUGAUUGCCAAGUCGAAAGCCGAGAAAGGCGCCCGUCAAACGGAGAAAGAUCAACUUCUCGAUGCCGUCGAUCGGCUGGAUGCUAAUUUCGCUUCGAUCUCGCAGAAACUAAAGCCGAAGAAGCCGCGCGAAACUGUCAAGCCGAAGGCUGCACAAAACGACGCGUAUGACAGAACAAUGAACGAUCUGAAAUUCGCGGCCGAACCGAAGGCGACACCUGUUGGAGCAGCACAGGAGGGCAUGCUGGUCCCGUCACAGGCCGAGCUCGAGCAGCUACAAAAAGGGAGCAAAAUGGCUACAAGAAGUACGGAAGACCCGUUGACGGGAGGUCUAAAUGCUGCGCGUGAAAACAGCAAGAUCAACGCACGCCGCCCUGGAGCUGAUGUCACAUCCCUUCCUCCUCCAAAAUCAACAUCCCGAAAGCAAGUACGCUUCUCGGAGGAUCCCGAGGACCCGGCCGAUGGCGAUGAUGCGGGCGCGAUGACCUCGCUGCAAAUCCCGCCCCGUUUCAACGACUGGCAAAAUGUGCUGCUCAGCCAAGCCAGCGAUUACGAAGCCAUUAUCGAGACGGUCAAAAACAUGGCCAAGGCCCACCAUCCAUCGCUGAAAGAGGGGAACAAGGCGAUUCUGGCUGUUCUUCUGUCCCACCUCAUCAGUUACUACGUCAGCACAAUGGAGAGAUACGAGCGAGCCGAUGCGACGGGAAGAGCGGAGCUUUCCGAAUUUGCUCUCAAAUUGUCAGACGUCAUCUACGAAUUGAACAAGGUGAUCCCCGAACAUGGAGCCGAGCUUCUACUCAAUUUCGUCUCCAGGCAAGGCAAAGUAUCGCUUGAUGAUGAGAAUUCACGCAACACCUGGAUCGUCGUCCUGAGGCUUCUCACCCAGCUCUACGAGAUCGGCGCGACGUUCCAACCAUUGAUAGAACUUGGCAUCACACUAAUCGAGGAUUCGUUCGCCAGGGCACAAACCGCCCUCAAACGACGCACCAUCCCCUACAUUCAGCUGGCCGAGAUUCUCGCAGAUAUUGCCGCCAAAACAAAAAGGCAUUUCCCGCAGCUGCUCGCCGUUUUGACCGCGGCCAUCUACCAGGCGUGCCCCAUUAGCGCAUUGGAGGGUGUGAAAUCUCCUCAUCCAAUUUUCGGGCGCGACAAGCAGCUGUUUUAUAUGACACAGGCGGACGACGCCGAGACGCAUCUGAUUCUUCGUUCAGUCUUCAAAAUGGUACAACGAUUGAGUCUUCUCAGCGCCGCCAGCCACCCCGAAUCCUUCAAGUGUGCUUUCAGCCCUAUUGCCCGAAUGCUUCCACUAUUACCCGUGGCCAACUACCCUCAAGAACUGAAGGACAUCGUCGAGGAGAUUGGCGCACAGCUGAACCAUGAAAUGACGGCUUGUGGACAACAGAUGCCGCUGUCUCGAGGAGAAGCCGCAGUCCCAAUGCUGAAGAUGCUGGAACCGGUGUUUGAGGAAGAUUUCAACCCCGAGCACUCAAAGUGGGGCAGCAAACAUGGCCAUGCGCAACAGACGAAAAAGCUGCAGCAACAAGUGCGAAAGGAGCGCAAGGGAGCCAUCAAGGAAUUGCGCAAGGAUUCCGCGUUUAUCGCCAAACGUGCACGAGUCGUGCAGAAGCGGGAUGACAGCGUGCGCAAGGAGAAGGUGAAGCAGUUGAUGAGCGGCCUCCAGGGACAACAGAGCGAGCACGUCAAGGAGAAGAAUGCCGAGAAGAUGAACAAAAAGAAGGGCGGUUUUCGCAAGAAG